GGCCAGUUCCCGACCCCCAGCAGCAUGGCGUCCUGUGCAGAGGAGCCUUCUGAGCCCACCGCCGUGCCGCCUGCUGGGCUUCCCCCACUCGAGGACUUCGAGGUACUGGACGGGGUUGAGGACGCAGAUGCUGAGGAGGAGGAGGAGGAAGAGGAGGAAGAAGAGGAGGAUGACCUGAGCGAGCUGCCACCGCUCGAGGACAUGGGACAGUCCCCAGCAGAGGAGGCUGAGCAGCCGGGAGCGCUGGCCCGAGAGUUCCUGGCCUCCGCGGAGCCUGCGCCUACGCCAGCCCCAGCCCCUGAGGAGUGGCUGGACAUUCUAGGGAACGGGCUGCUGAGGAAGAAGACGCUGGUCCCGGGGCCGCCUGGCUCGGGCCGCCCGACCAAGGGCCAGGUGGUGACGGUGCAGCUGCAGAUGUCGCUGGAGAACGGCACGCGGGUGCAGGAGGAGCCUGAGCUGGCCUUCACCCUGGGCGACUGCGACGUCAUCCAGGCCCUGGACCUCAGUGUGCCCCUCAUGGAUGUGGGUGAGACGGCCAUGGUCACUGCUGACUCCAAGUACUGCUACGGACCCCAGGGCAGCAGGAGCCCCUACAUUCCCCCGCACGCGGCGCUGUGCCUGGAGGUGACCCUGAAGACGGCGGUGGACGGGCCUGACCUGGAGCUGCUCACGGGCCAGGAGCGCGUGGCGCUGGCCAACCGGAAGCGCGAGUGCGGCAAUGCCCACUACCAGCGUGCGGACUUCGUGUUGGCCGCCAACUCCUAUGACCUGGCCAUCAAGGCCAUCACCUCCAGCGCCAAAGUGGACAUGACCUUCGAGGAGGAGGAGCAGCUGCUGCAGCUGAAGGUCAAGUGUCUGAACAACCUCGCGGCUUCACAGCUCAAGCUGGACCACUACCGUGCCGCCCUGCGCUCCUGCAGCCUGGUGCUCGAGCACCAGCCCGACAACAUCAAGGCGCUCUUCCGCAAGGGCAAGGUGCUGGCGCAGCAGGGUGAGUACAGCGAGGCCAUCCCCAUCCUGCGGGCGGCGCUGAAGCUGGAGCCCUCCAACAAGACGAUCCAUGCCGAGCUCUCGAAGCUGGUGAAGAAGCAUGCGGCGCAGCGAAGUACAGAGACUGCCCUGUACCGGAAGAUGCUGGGCAACCCCAGCCGGCUGCCCGCCAAGUGUCCGGGCAAGGGUGCCUGGUCCAUCCCAUGGAAGUGGCUGUUUGGGGCGACUGCCAUUGCCCUGGGGGGUGUGGCUCUCUCUGUGGUCAUCGCUGCCAGGAACUGACCACCCAGGUGGCCACCACACUCUGCACACCGUGGACCCUAUCCUGCCCCGCCUCCCCCAGGCUCCCUGUCCACUGCCCGCCCUGGCCUAGCCCCUCCCCCGGGCCGGGGCAGCAAGGAUGGGGUCUCGUGGCCCGGCAAGUGGGAGUCGAGGCCCCGGGAGGGUGGCGAGGCACGGCCCAGAGGGAGGGCGCGAGUGGGGGGCCCUGCUCCUCCAGACCAGCUCCCCACCCUCAUCCCGUCCCCAGGGUCAGGCCUCAGUUUCUCCUCUCCGCAGCCGGGGGCGGCCCCCCCAGCCCCCAGCACCAGCCUCCCACCCGCCUGUCGCCCCGCUCCCCACGUGAAAUAAAGCCUCCCACCCGCA